CGGCAGGAGAACAUGUGUGUUUGUUGUCUGGGACUAGUAGUGGUGUAUAAAUUAUUUAGAAGAACCAAAUGAUCGGCGCUGUACAGGAUUCGUACGUACUCAUAAGGGUUGACUACUUGGGGCUGCUGUGCAUGAGACAGGCAUCAGCACUGUGUGAUACGCUGCAUGCUCAGUGCUUUUAUCAAACAACGCUCAGAUCGCUGUUCCGAUCGUUCGCGCUUGUUCGCCAAUAUCGUCUGUUUCCAGUUUUAUGUGUUAUGGUGUUUCUCAGCUUAGCUGUUUAUUAUGGAAGUUGGUACUUUAAAACAUUCAGUUAAAUUAACAACCUAAAUGCGUUAUCUUGGAUCAUACGGUACAGCGAUCGCAGCACUGCACUAGUUCGUGUGCUAGCGCGCUUACCCUUAGUUAUUACAACAGCGUCGUCAAGUGGAGAACGAGGUAACAUCGAAAUUGUUUCUGUUGGCCUUUAUCGCUCCGGAAAGUAUAUAUUGUUGUUGGGGGUCGAUCAGUACUGGCUCUUUUGGAAGUAGUGGAUUAACCUUUCAUUCCGAUCCGUCUUGGACUUGACUGCCCGAAUACCUACAAGGAAUCUCACAUGGCUCGCCAGUUACCGGAAGCAUCCGAGCCUCAGAAAUCUCCGAAUCACAACGGGGUAGGAAUGUACGGAUCCUACUACAAAGUCUAUCGUUGUUCGGAUGGGAAAUAUCGUUUGAAUUUGAUUUCCGAGGAUGAAUACGUCGAGUCGAAGAAAAACCGGCCCAUUUCCGUAUGUGACGUCAGCAGCACCACUGAUGUGGCCUGUUCCCAUCGUCCAUCGUCAUUGUUUACUUCCUCCCCGUGCUGUAGUAGUCUGUCGCGGAGUAAUGCGACUACUACGGCAAUGGCCGCGCAUGGUCCACUCAAUCGUAGUACGAGUUCCGCCACAACGCGGUCACGUUUACCCAGUAUCUCACAGCGGAUAUCCAGCGCUAAGACAACAACGCACGAUGUUAACGUUGUUCCGCCUCGCCAAAGAGCAGCAGUGCCCGCUCGCUAUGCACGGAAGCACCCGUACAAACACAAUACCACAGCUGCAAGUGUGACAACAGCCGGCACCGAUCACGAUCAUCCAGCCGCGAUACGCCGCCAGAGACGGGAUCGCUGUGUCCGUUCCACAGUGGCAGUGGCCGAUCUAAUUGCCGAGUACAUUCCACCGGAUGUGCCAGCCGUACAGGACGCCGUGGCCAGCUCCACAUCCGCUAUUAAGCCCGCAGCGCUGCAACAGCCGGCGUUAAACAGUACCCCGCUCGUGUGGAAUAACUGGAUUAAGAGUGUGGCACGCCGUUUUCCCAUGGCGGAUAUGAGUGUGCGCCAAGUGCUGGAUGUUCUGGAUAGUCGACCCGAUUUGACGGCGACCGAUGAUUGAUCGCUGUGUGGAUAAUUAGAGUGUUUGUAAUUAAAAGAAAUUCCUUUCUGGGGAAAUUUUUUGACAAUAAGAGAUUUUUGCAUUUUUUUGUUGUUUUUCGUUCCAUUUUUGCAGUCGUGUGUAUAUGUAGGAUGUAUAACGUUUUUGAUUGUUUUCUCUUUUAUAUGUUUCAACUUUUAAUUUUCUCUGCCCAUAUUUCCGUUUGCCAAGUUCCUGCACCAGUCCAAAGAUAUCUUUUAUGAUCACGCUACAUUAUCCGCUCAGUCACCUAUGACCAAUCAAGCUUGAUAAAGGUUUUCUGUAAAGAACGUCUACAAACUAUCUCUAUGACCGAUAUCACCAAAGGCUGCCGCUUGUUAGUAUUUCCGAUUAAGUAAUGUAAUAAAGCGAGAAAAUAGUGGCUGCUGAUUUU